AAUUUGCUAAGGCUUGAUAACCUCUAUAGUCUAGGAACGCUUUAACUGCGUGCGCAAUAGUCACAAUCAGCCUCGUUUCGCUGAAGCAUCCAGGAAGCCUUUUGCGCCAGUGGAUUUGUGGGGCGCACAACACGUCGUCGUUUUACUUGUCCCAAACAACAUCAAAAACCUUUUCCCCGCCAAAAAUUCAAUCAUUUCGCAACCGCGUAAAUCACGCUCAAAAUCAAACACUCCUUUUCUUACGUGGCACUCUUUCAUUGGCCGUCACUCGGCAAUCGUAACCACCAUCCAACCACCGUAAAGCGCACACUCAACACCACAAAAAAAGCGUUCCCUUUUCUUUCCCUGUUUCACUCACUGAGUACCAACUCGGUCCCUUUUUGCCACCGAGUGGUGACUCGGUCCCGCGACACAAUCAUCACGUCCCUUAGUACUGCAUAAAUCCCCCAAUGGAUCUUUCCCGAGACUCCACACUUCAAUCCUCCUUUCAAUGCUUCUCUGAAAUUCGCGUUUGCGUUUGUACUAAUUUCCUUCUCUUUCCAUGGAAACUCGCGAACCUGCCUCGGAAUCAGGAACCAAUGGACUGAAUUCUGGAAUCGGGUUGGGUGAUAACCCAAUUAACGGAAUUAGGAAAGUGAAUUUACGAGCUGAGAUUGAUACAUCGCCACCGUUCGAGUCAGUCAAGGAAGCCGUGACCCGUUUCGGCGGAAGCGGGCCAUGGUUACCUCUUUACAGACUUGGAGAAGCUUUUAACAACUUUGAAGAUUUUGAUUUAAAGAAAGUGGAGGAACAAGCUGCGGAGUUGGAGAAAGAUUUGAUUGUCAAAGAACUCGAAACACUUGAUGUUCUCGAAGAGCUAGGCGCGACAAAAAGGAUUGUGGAGGACUUAAAGCAGCAGCUGCAAAAAGAGGCAUCAAAGUUGUCGGCGACUCCGGAUUUACCUUCUUAUGAACAGGUUGGAACUCCGGUUAUUAAGGAGAUGAAUAAGGAAAGUAAUGGUAAUAGAGUCAACAAUGAAGAGCAGAUAUUGCAAUCACCUGAUAUGAUUUUAAUGGAGUUGAAACAAGCCAAGGUGAAUCUUGGUAAUACUAUGAAUGAGCUCGAGGCGAUACAAUUGUCUGUUGAGUCUUUAAAUAAGAAGAUGAAGAAGGAGAAAGCUUAUCUGGAGAGGACAAGAGAAAAGCUAGCGUCGAAGUUUGCAGCUAUGUCUGCUCAAGAGAAGGCGCAAGAGGAAGCGAGAUUGAAUUCACCACCAUCAUCUCCUGUGGAAUUCACUUUCGAUAUUCCUUCAAAUGUGAGGAAUUUCAAUUGUGAUUCCGAGCAGAACAAUGGAAUGGUUGAAACAAGAAGAUCUGUAGUUUCAAAGCCGUUGUCUUUGUAUGAAGAACAUGGGUUUAGUGUUAAGACCGCGGAGAUGAGGUGGCUUGCAGCCAAAAAGAUGGAAGAAGCUGCAAAGGCAGCAGAAGCUAUUGCUCUUGCUGAAAUCAAGGCUCUAUCUGGUGUUGAGAGAUCAUAUGAAUUUGCUCUACCAGAGCCUCGGAAAGUCACUUUUGCGUUAGCUGAAAACUCUCCUCUAAAUCCCGGGGCUAUGAUGAUACCCGAGGAGUUUAACUUGAAGAAGGUAAUAGAUUCAAAGUUUCAAAUGGAUGAAACAGAUAUUUCUAAACUAACUAUUCUGAAAAAGUUGGAGGAGGCAUCUGAAGAAAUUCUACACAGCAAACAAGUCUUAAAUGAUGCUUUGAACAGAAUUGAAAUUGCAAAUAGAAAGCAACAUGCUGCUAAGGAAGCUCUGCGGAAAUGGAUACCAGAGGUUGAUCUAAAGGAGAAACCAGUGUAUAACUCUUUUAACUUUAACAAGUUUAAUCAAGCUGGAAUUCGUCACGAUUCUUCUCUCCCAGAUGUAACCAGGCCAACAAUAUCAAACAAUAAUCCAAAGCGUGUUUCGAGGCCAACAACUUCAAUGAGAGAUGUACUUAGCAGAAAGCAAGUUCCUGAAGGAUAUGCUGCAAGAAAGGAAAUGGAAGAGCAUACUGAAAGACGAAAGGUAGCAUUGAGUCAAAUGCUUCAAGCAUUAAGGGAAGAUCUAACCCUUUCACCAGAACCUGAGAAAGAUCACGGUAGCGAUCAAAAGCAGACCACGACACCAAGGAAGAAGUUUGGAUUCAUCCAUAUAUCACUCCCUAUGACCAGGACAAGUAAGAAAAGGACAUGAAACUUCAUUCGAAGUUACCGUUACCUUGUCAUUCAUGAUUCAUUAUUGGUUCAUGUGUUUGAAUUUCUGUUAUUUAUGUAGAAUAAAGUUUGUGUGGGUGUCUAAUUUUGUUAAAUAUGUUGUGUUUGAGACUUUCAGUGAAAGUGUAUAUUCUGAAACUAGCUUUGGUGGAGCUAGUAGAUUAUGUUUUUCUCUUUGGAUGCAUUAUGGGUCUGAUUGUAAGUUUGUUAAGUAUAAUGAUCAUUUGGAUGGCUUGUUGUAUCUAUAUAAAUAAAUUUAUAUUUGUUGAUCUA